AUGCCGAUCCCAGACUAUGGCGCCGCUCCUCUCGCGAAGACUCUUAUCCUCGUCCGUGGUCUCUCUCUGGUAGCGAUGAUCGCAAUUCUCGGCAUGACCGCCAACUUCGUCUCCGACAUCGUCGCCUCCAACAUCGAGCCACCGCGCGAAGUCGUCGGAACACUCACAAUCACAUGCAUGGCAACCCUCUACACCCUCAUCUCCAUCCCCUUCUUCCUCUCCCACGCCAACCUCGGCCUCCUCAUCAUGACAGCCGCCGACACGUUCCUCCUCCUCGCCUUCAUCAUCAUCUCCGUCGUCUUCGGCAAACCCCUUUCGUACCUCAACUGCAUGGUCAUCGCGGACAAGGACGCAGCGGGUAAUGCGCAGAGCGCGGUGGCGUUCACGCAGGCGCUGGCGAGUAAUGUAAACAAGAGUGGAGCGAGGUUGGGAUUGGCGAAUUGGGCGGGGUCUACGAGGGUGAAUUGCUUUGAGACGAAGGCGAUUUGGGGGUUGUGUAUUGGGUUGAGUGUGUUGUUUUGUUGUUCGGGGAUUUUGUUGCCGACUUUGUGGGCAAAGGCGAGGAAGGCGGGUGGUGGUGGUGGUGGGGGGAAGAGUGUUGUUUGA